UUCAACAUUUGCCUCACAUAUAUAAUAAUUACAACACCUCAACGCCUCUCUAACCCAACACACAGCGCACACUGGCCUCUGCACCUGCUGAGAUAAUAACAAAAGACAAAAGCAAUCCUUUCAUUCUGUGGGCAAACCCAGAGAAAAUUAACAAGACAUUUCUCUCUUCUUGGGCUGCUCAAUUUUUUUUUUUUCUCUCUUCAGUUUGUGCAUUGUUAGUCAACAAUAGAAGGUGGAUGCUAGUGGUAGUAGCACCUUGUGAUUCCUUUGUUUGCACUUCUCUUUUGUUCCUUCUGUUUCUGCAGUAGAUAAUAAUAUUCUCUCCACCGCAUCUCAUUCUUCUCUCUUUGAUUCUUUCCAAGGAGAUUCUCUUUUGUUCACACAUGCACACACAUGUAACACAAAAUAACCUCCAAAAGAAAUUUUCAUGACCAAGUCUUCAUAUUCCAGCACAUAACAUGCAAAUUCUUGUCACUAUAUUUUGUUUUGAAACUUUAAAUUCUUGUGGCCAGGUCUUGUUCUGACUCUGAGUCACCUUGACAAUUCAAAUUCUUAUAUUUUGCCUCCAUUGAAUCCUAAAAACAGAAGAUCUCUCUCUUCCUAGGGACAUGGUUCUUGUUGUUUUUGCUUAACAAUUCAAAGCCUUUUUGGACUCUACAAAGUUGAAGCUUGAGGAAGCAAAAAUGUCUGGAAAGGCUUUGAAAUCCUUGAAGGAUGAAAACCCAGAUUUGCAGAAGCAAAUUGGGUGCAUCACUGGAUUUUUUCAGCUCUUUGACCGCCACCGUUUCCUCACAGGCCAACGCUCUGCCACCUACGUUCAGCACAGGCCUACUUCAGGUGGAAGCAGUAAUGAAAUCAAAGAGCUCAAUGGUACAAAGCAGGAAGCUAAGGCAAAGAAUCUGAAGACUGCUAGAGAAAAGCAACAAUUCUCCACAGAAUCAUCCAUAACUUCUUUUUCUUCAUCAUCUUGUUCAUCUAGCAUGUCAUCCCAUGAGUUUAACAAAACAAUUCAGAUACAAUCACCGUCAAGAAAUCGAAUCAGAAUUCCAGAAAACACAAAUUCAAAAGCAGCAAAGAAGCAACCUGAUACCCCGCACCAGCAAUCCCUCCAUUUCCAUCAUAUUGUCAACGACUCAAUGCAUAAAGAAACUCAAGGAUUGUCUGUGAAAAUUGGGGCUAAAGAGGAAAAGAAGGGUCAGACUAAUGCCUUGAAACACAUUGAUUCCCCCCGGCCUUUGCAGUCACACAAAUAUGUGAAUGCAGGAGUUACAGUUGCCAGUGAACCUUUACAUACUAUUGCAAAGUCUAAGAAAAAACCUUGGGACUCACCACGGCUCUCUUAUGAUGAAACAUUCAAAUCUGCCACAAAGCACAAGGAACUUCCAAGACUUUCUUUGGACAGCAGAGAAGGGUCCAAUAGAGGUUUCAAUGAAGGAAACAAGUCUCACAACCAGUUGAAGGGUUCACCGAGAGGGUACGGGAGAAACUCCAGCACAAUGAUUAACCAUCUGCAAGAACAAGAAACUUCCAAAAGGUCUUCCAGUGUUGUAGCUAAGUUGAUGGGACUUGAAGCCCUCCCUGAGUGUACACAAACUUGUGGGAGUCCAAUGGGAACUUCUAGUUGUUCUUCCAAAAAGAAUGAGCUCUUGGCAAGAUCUAGUACAAGUGAUGAAAAGCAACACCAAAGAUUCAGCUUGCCUCAGUCUAGAAGGGCUGAUUUAAUCGCAAAUGUGACACCGUGUUCACGGUUUGCACUAGAACCAACUCCAUGGAGGCAACCUGAUGAAAGCCAAAGCUCUCCAUUACAAGCUUCCAAGGGAAGUGAAUCUGAUAUAAAAGCCUCAAAGUCCUCUCUCACUGUGUACGGGGAAAUUGAGAAAAGGGUGGCAGAACUUGAGUUCAAAAAGUCUGGAAAGGAUCUCAGAGCCCUUAAACAGAUUCUUGAAGCAAUGCAGAGACAUAAGGAUUCAGUAGACAUUUCUAGAGACCAUGCUUCAAAUUCUCCAUCUGACAAUAGGAAUUGUACUAAUCUCAAUGAAAGCUCGAAAUCUCAGAGCCCAAGAGUACGACAAAAAGAUCCGGCAUCUGUCACGGUUGAGAUGUCAAAUUCAACCCGGGUUAGUAAAUUGCCAAUCGUCAUCAUGAAACCUUCAAAAGUUACUAGGAAACCAAAUAAUCCUUCCUCUACAGAAAUAUCAAUUCAUGCUAAAUCUGGUCCCAGCAAGUGUUCCCCUAGUAAUCCCACAAAUGGAAGAUUGGUUGACAGGCAAACUACUAUAGGUAUCAGUUCGACAACAAAAAAUAUCAAGGAUCCUUUUGGACAACAAGUUCUUUCAUCUGAUAAAAACAACAUGAGAACUUCAAAGUUGAUGCAAUCCUUGAAAGUUUCUCAAGACAACACUGGAGAAUGCACCACCAACUCUGGUUAUACAACCGUGACUGGCAGCCCCAGACUACAAAAGAAGUUUGGUUUGGAGAGGUGUUCGCAACCAACCAGUCCAUCAUCAGAUUCCAGAAUUAACAGAAGAGGGCAUGAUAGGCAACCUGUGGAAUUGUCUUCUCCAAGUACAACACCAAGACAUAAGUUCUCCACUUUGCAGCAAAGAAAUGAACGUUUCACUGAAAUCAGCUGUCACUUGAGGGAUUUUAAGCAUCAUGUUAACAUCAUUUCGGAUUUUGACAACAAAAGCAGCUCGGCCAGUCAUAGUGACAUUGAAGUCAUUCGCAUUGAUCAAUCUAGAAAGAUCAUUAGCUCCUCCAUCCAGCUGAGUGGCAUGAACCAAAACAAUGCAUUUGAAGAGUUGAGGAAGGCGGAGACAAUGAUUACUGCAGAACAACCAAGCCCUGUGUCUGUUCUUGAUGCUGCAUUCUAUAGGGAUGACCCACCAUCUCCAGUGAAAAAGAAAUCAGACAUCUCAAAAAAUUUAGGUGAAGCUCUAAGCACUGAUGAGGAUAGUGAAGAGAGCUCAGUGGAUCUACUUCAAGAAAUUGAGUGGAUUGAUGAGAAACUCAUCAAUUUCAAUAACACUAGGGAUCCUGACCAUAAGUAUAUAGCAGAAAUACUGUUAGCAUCAGGUCUGCUCAGUGGCCACAGCUAUAGCCAGAUAUUCCAUUCGCCGGGUCAUUUGGUUGAUCCAAAGUUGUUCUUUGCACUUGAACAAAUGAAGACAAAGAUGCAUUUUAACAUUAAAGACAGUGCCAAGAAGAUUCGUAGGAUUAUUAACCCUGAGAAAAUGCAAAGGAAACUCAUAUUUGAUGUUGUCAAUGACAUUUUAGUUCAAAAGCUGAUAUUGGAUAAUUCUUCUGCAUUGUGGUGCCAACCAAAUGAGUUAGCAGGCACAACACUAAAAGGGAAGCAGCUUUUGGAUGAGCUAUGCACAGAAAUUGAUCAGUUGCAACCUCAAAAUAGGAAUUUCAGUUUAGUUCAUGAGGAUGAGAAUUUGAAGCAUCACCAUGCAAUUUGGACUAAUUGCUGCAAUGAGAUGCCAAAUAUUGUGUUGGAUAUUGAACGUUUGAUCUUUAAAGAUUUGAUAACUGAGGUUGUGAGAGGUGAAGUAGCAAACCAUUCUGGUAGACAUUGCAGGCAACUGGUGUUUUACAAUUAGGAAUUUUGGCUAAGCUGCCAAAGCAGUUUGAGGGAAGAAAGUAUAUCUAGUUCUAGGCUUUCAUAUUUCACCCUUCUAAUCUAGCUGCACAUGAUAUAGUUUGAUGGGUGGUAAUAAGCUGUUUAAUUGGCAGGUUCACAUGUUUUGUAUAAAUUAUUGCACAUUUAUGCUUUUCUUUGUUGUCUUUCUUCAUGUAUUUAUACUAAAGUUUAUAAAUACAUGAAUAAAUACAUCGAUAGACUAUGAUUAUGUAUGGUAAGGCAUUUUAGUUUUUUUUACCAACUAAAAGAUUCAUUUGAUUGUUCGGUAAAUAAAUAUUUUU